UUGACACAGCGAGUAGCGUGUUUCUCGCCAUUCUCUAAACCUCAUAAGACCCCCGGCCCCUCCCGCGGUCCCCGCGGUGGGUUUGAUGUGCUGGGUUGGCGUUUGGCCGCCGUUCAGCUCCGGGACAUUAUUUUUACGCGCGCGGAGAGGAGUGGAUGGGACGCGCACGCACGAGCAGGACAAUCCCGGAAAUAACAUGCGUACUCUCCGCCUGUCACGUACGCUCGCUGAGGAUUUGCAUCGCUGUAGGCUGCCGUAGAUUUCCCGCACAGAAGUCCACAAAAUGUGUAUAAAACGGACCGCAGGCCUCUCGUUUUAGCGGUGAACCGGGGAUUAAUGGGCGAGUUGUUCAGAGGUGGACCGGGACAUGAAAGUUGCGGCGCGGCUCCUGUGCACGAGAGAAAGCAGCGGCUCUGCUAGAAGAUGAAGCGAGGACGUGGAGUACGUGCGCACCAGGCACAUGACGAGAUGAAAUGGAGAGUUUGGGACAGACGGACCUCUUAACCCCGAGCUCCUCCCGCGCGCACGUCGCAGUUGCGGCUUCAUCGCAAGAGAGAAGGACGAGCGAGCCGCAGCAGCUCGCCCGCGCCCCGGCAGAGAUUAACCACGCGUACCGGGCGGACAUGGGGCUGAAAGGCUUCUGCGCGGCGCCGGUGGGGAGCCCCACGGCCGCCGAGCUCCUGGCGGGUCUGGCCUCGCAGACCGACUCUCCCGGGAUCACCGCGCCGACGAAGCAGUCGAAGACCGGCGUGCCGAGCUACGGCGGCGGGGUGGUGUCUCCCUCCGCCACCGUGGAGGGAAACCACGCGGGCGUGUUGGCCCACACGCCCAACGGUUACCCCGCGCAAGUGAAAGGGGGAGCGCCCGGGUACCCCCUGACCAGCAGAGCCUGCCUGGUGGAGAACGGAGACUGGACUGCUCAUGAGAAGUGCUCCUCAGCCAUGAGGAGGAUCAACGGGGACCUGAAAGCCAGGCAGCCGCAACAACAGAAAAGGAGAGGUGGGGAGAACCGGGACAUGGGGUCGGACCCUCUGAAUGGCCCCGUGAUAGGGUCUGCGGGGUUGGGACACUCUGCAGACCCGGUUUUUGCUUCAGGAGACUCAGACUGUAAGCGGAGACGGUUGUUAGAUGGAAGUGUUCCUAAUAAAUCUGCAGAGGCACCCAGAGUGGCCCGAGCAGUCGCCCCAUUUUCCAUCCCUGUCAGCUGCAGCAACAAUUCCCUAACGAGUCCCUUCGUAGCUCCUGCUCCCCCUCCUAACCAGCACAAAGGAUUUAGGGUGGCAUCCUCAGGCCCGCCGGCCGUGCCCAGCCAGUCCCCCCCCUGUGGGGCCGGCGCCAUCCUGACCCCAGCUGGACCUGGCUGGUCGGCCGAGGGCAUCGCCCAGCAGUGCAUCAUCCCGUGCAUGAAGUACUACGGCAUCUGUGUGAAGGACAACUUUCUGGGCUCGGGGCUGGGCGACAGGGUCCUGGAGGAGGUGGAGGUCCUGAAUCGCAGCGGGAAGUUCCGGGGAGGGCAGCUGGUGAGCCAGAAGAGCAUUCCCUCGCGUAGCAUCCGGGGCGACCAGAUCGCCUGGGUGGAAGGAAAAGAGCCCGGGUGCGAGAGCAUCGGGGCUCUGAUGGCUCACAUCGACGAGGCCGUCAUGCACAGCGCCGCCAACGGACAGCUGGGGAACUGUGUCAUCAAUGGACGCACUAAGGCCAUGGUUGCCUGUUACCCCGGCAACGGGGCAGGGUACGUCCGCCACGUUGACAACCCCAACGGUGAUGGCCGCUGCAUCACAUGUAUCUACUAUCUUAACAAGAACUGGGAUGUCAAGGAGCAAGGAGGGCUGCUGCAGAUCUACCCUGAAGGAAAGAAUGUCGUGGCCAACAUCGAGCCUCUGUUUGACCGGCUGCUCGUCUUCUGGUCUGACCGCAGGAACCCGCAUGAAGUCAAGCCAGCCUACGCCACUCGCUAUGCCAUCACAGUCUGGUACUUUGAUGCAAAAGAGAGAACCGAGGCGAAGGAGAAAUACAGACUGGCGACGGGACAGAAAGGUGUUCAAGUGCCUGUCACUCAAAACAGCAGGACAUAAAUCUCACCUUGCGGCUGGAGAGCACUCUGAAAGUAUUAUGUGCCUUCCCGAACUACUAAUGGACGUGAUCACAAAGGGAGACACAGUUAAACCGUCGGUCCGCGCAGCGGCGCCCGCCGGCAGAUCGACGCCACACAACGCGGCAUCACGAUCAAAGAUGCGGCGGACAUCAAGAGCACAGUGGACUGUAUUGCAUCGAUGAGGCCAGGAUUGCAAGUCGGGGUGGAAAAAAAAAAAACAGACUCCUUGGUGUUAGUUCGUUUCGCCUGCUCCGUUAUCAGUGACGUCGCCAUGUCUUCAAAUGUCAAUGUUUUCUUCUGCUCCAGUGUGACUUUCAAUUUCAAACACUUGGAGCAUAAAAGAUGAAUCGGUGGGCAGAUCUGAGGGGAAACGGGGCGCAAGGAGUCGAAAUCAAAGCCCUGAAAGUCCUCACCCCCUUUUGUCUGGAUUUGAUGUGGGCGAGUGUGUGUGUGUGUGUGUAUGCGCACGCGCACGUGUGUGUGUGUGUGUGUGUGUAGUCAAUGAAGAGACAGACAUGAUCCCAAACAGUCCUCGGCACCGCAGUGAAAAGUGAUGCUGUGGUUCUUGUUCAGUCAGUUCUGUCUUAAACUUCACAAUAAUCUUCUUACAAGUUAUAAUCAGCGCAUGAGGACAACUCCACACUGUAGUUUUACUCUGUGUAGCACACAAAGUCCAGGCUAACAAUGGAAAUACAUAAAUAGAUUAAAAAAAAAAUCUUCAAAAAGCCUUAAAAUUACAAAAGAAACACUGAAAAUCCAGCAUGGAUAUUUUUUUUUCUCUCCUUUUUUUAGUGGUUUUAGUGUGUUUAAUAGAUUUCAGAGACUGAACCUGGAGUGCUCGAAGCUUUCCUACAUACUUGACAUGCGGCGCUCUGUGUAUGACUGAAAACACGGCUCACACCUCGACGUGCAGUGAGUGGGGUCAAAACAGGGUUUGAAGAAAUGGAGUGUGGUUUUUUUUGCGUGUGUGUGUGUGUGGUUGUGUGCCUGUGCCCAUAAUGCAUCUUGACUCUCUAACCCCGCUCUGAACGGGACGGGAACAGAUCAAGGAUCACCGUGCGUCGAACAAACCCGCUCAUAGAGGCGGAUCACAACAUCCAGACCACAACAAAGUGAUGCUCAGCAGCACGUAACGGAGUGACGGCCUCGGUCGGCCCAUUCAAACCUUAAAGCACAGAGUGAAGCGUCCGCUCUCUGCAGGGUGAAACUACAGCCUGCUCACGCGUGUGGGAUCCAGUGUUCGGAAAUUCGUGUGACUGAUUCCACCGUCUUGAAGAGGGUCACAGGCAUUGUCUCGGUGUAUGUUGGUUUGGUUGAAGAGAAAGUUAUUUUUUAAAAAAAAGCACUUUAUUGGUGAAAAUGACGUGUGUGAGUGAUAGGAAAAAAAAAGUGAUAGGAAAAAUGUAGAUUAAUGCCUUUAUGCUGUGGAUAAUAUGAUCAUUCAAAUGCAAUAGUAACUAAAACAGUGAUGACAAAUGGAAAUUGUUUGCUUUU